AUGGAUACAAAUUUUGACCAACUUGAACCUUUGGGAGCAGCUACGCGGUACAGUAGACAAGCAAGCCUGCUGGCUCCCGCGGUGGCGCUGGUGGGCUGUGACUCGGCCGCCAUCGUGGCGUUGCUGGCGUUCGGCGGCUUCUGCAUGGCCGCGCACUGCUCCGCCUUCUACAUGAACAUGCCGGCCAUAGCGCCCAACUUCGCCGGCACUCUCGUCGGAUUCGUUAACACCUUCGCCAACAUAUCGGGCAUCAUUGUCCCUUAUGUCGUCGGAGCUGUCACCAAUGAAAAUCCGACGCGGGGGUCUUGGAACCUGGUGUUCCACAUGACGGCAGCGGUGGCGGCGGCCGGCUACGUCCUCUACGCCGUCUUCACCACCGCCGAGGAGCAGCCUUGGAACGUGCCACCCACAGAGAACGAAGCCACAGCGAAGAAUGACAAGGGCGCUGUGAACACAGCGUUUGAUGCGGACGACUCUCUGUUCAACAGUCGAAGAUCUAGACUCUAG